CGGCGGCAGGUGAGCGGCGGGCGCGAAUGGCGGAGCAAUGGGAUCUGGACGAGGAGGGCCUCCGCCGCCUGGGGGCGCUGACCCUGGAGCAGUCGGAACUGGUGGAGUCUCUUUCAUUGCAGGGAUCAUAUGUUGGGAAAAUCCAUUCUAUUGGUGAUGCCUUCAGAAAUUUCAAAAAUCUCCGAUCCUUAGAUUUAUCAAGAAAUUUGAUCACUAGCCUAAAGGGCAUUCAGUAUUUAUGUUCACUCCAAGAUCUGAACUUAUAUUAUAACAACAUUCCUUCAUUAGUGGAGGUGUCCCGACUACAACCCUUGCCCUACCUCAAAGAACUAGAUUUGAGACUCAAUCCUGUUGUAAGGAAAGAUACAGAUUACAGGCUUUUUGCCGUGUACACGCUGCAAACUCUGGAAAAACUGGAUGACCGAGCCGUGCGUGAUAGUGAGAGGAAAGCUGCCAAGCUGCAUUUCAGCCAGCUGGGAAACAGGGAAAAUUUCCUUUUAGAGGUAGAAAAAAGCUCUAGGGAGAAGACAAUGAGAAACUGUGUGACAGAUGAGGGCUGUGCAUCAGAGGUCAGUCCUGAGAUUGACACCAGGAUCCAAACAGACUCAAACAAAGGACUUUUUAUUCCCUUCCCCAGCCGGGAAAUAAAGGAUUCAAUAACCAGUACGUCUGCAAGCCAGGGUGGUGGCACACCAGCUCAAAAGUUAGACAUUCGUCCACUGGGAACACAGUUACAGGAAGCAACAAGAGGGGAGACCAGUGACACUCACAAGGAAGAUGGAUUAGAAUUCAGACACUACGUGCCUCAUCAGUCCACAGUCCGAUCUCCAGAGAAGAUGACUAGAGAUGGAUACCGGGUAUCUUUUUUAGACACUAAGUCUUCAGGUUCUUCUCCAGAAAAAGACUUGAUACCAAGACCUGACACAUAUCCAUGUACCCAUGAUGUCUCAUUGGGUAAACGCCUGGACGUGGGUGAUUCUAACCAGAUCCUUCCCUAUCAAUUACCUUCAGAUGUCAGUCUGGACUGUUAUGAUAAUCAUUAUUCUCAAACUCUUUCCCUGCAUGGAAGUCUUGUCAAAAAGCCUCAAAAAAUCAAGAACUACCAAGAAUAUAACAUAAAACCUUCAAAUGACAUAAAAGCCACCUCAUCCCAUUCCUGCGGAGAUUUACUAACUUCUCUGUCAAACCCCGAUUCCAGUACAGGAAGGCUCUUGAAGCUUAGUUCAGAUCUGUAUGCCACAACCCAUUUCAACAGUGACCCUGCUCUGCUGGCCAAUGUAGAACAACAGUUAUCCAGCAGUCUCAGGGAUUUUGCGCCAGCACCUGGUUCUUUCCCAGGCAACCGUGUCCUUGGAAACUCUCUUCGGACACUGCUGUUACCUUCUGGGACUCCAGAAAACAAAGAAAUUCCAACGCAGAGGUCAUUAAGCGGAGGAUUCAAACGGAAGGACAAUGUUCUUGCCAACCUGAAUCUGAAGUGUGGUUUCCAAGAAGCUACAGGCAGCGAGGCGCAACCUCUCUCUAGUGACCUGGGCAGUUUGCGUGGUUUACCAGGAAACCAUAGCCCCCCGAUCUCCGCCAGAACCCCCCAUGUGGCCACUGUCCUCAGACAGCUCCUGGAGCUGGUGGAUAGGCACUGGAAUGGCGCUGGCUCCCUCCUCCUCAACAAGAAGUUUCUUGUUUUUAAGAUUGGCCCAUGUGCCCAACCUGAAUUUUUGGCAGGUCCUGCCAGAGAUUUGCUUCUGUCUUUGGUUGUGCCUGCACCUCCUCAGCAGUAUCGCUCCCAGCUUGAAGACAAGGCAGGGAAAGCCUUCCGCUGGAGGGAGAGUGAGCUAAAGGAAGUGGAGCAGCUGCUUGUUCCUAACGAUGUGGAAAAUUUGAAGCAAAAACUGGUCAAAGUGCUGGAGGAAAACGUGAUUUUGUCAGAAAAAAUUCAGCAGUUGGAGGGAGGUGCUGCCGCCUCAGUUGUGAGUGGGCACCCAUCUCAUUCACACGAUGAUCUUCUGCGCAGGAACCAACAGCUGACCAUACAGGUGGCUUGCCUGAACCAGGAGCUGACUCAGCUGAAAAGGCUGGAGGAGACAGUUGCUCUUCUCCAUGAGAGUCAGAGAUCCCUGGUGGUAACUAAUGAGUAUCUGCUGCAGCAGCUGAACAAAGAGCAAAAAGGUUAUUCCGGGAAAUCGCUCCUGCCUCCCGAGAAAAGUCAUCCUUUGGGGAGAUCCUCGCCCUUUGGGAAAAGCACGCUGUCUUCCUCCUCACCAAUGGCACACGACACGGUUGUUCCAGAGACUCUGAAACAACGUUUGGAGUCUCCUCCUGCCAUAGUGCAACAGUGUCCACUCUGGAGGAGCCCACAGCCUGGUAAGACUCAUGAUGAACCUCAGAGGAUGGCCUAAUGAGAGCGUGGAAGAAGAGCUUGCAGAUUAGGAUGGUUUCAGGGAGAUGAUGGAGAGCCUUCUGGACUAGGAAUGCAGAGUCUGGUAAUCCUUGAGGAAUCAGGAAUCAUGGGUAAGGGACAGAAGUGGGACAUGGUACCCUAAGAGUAUAUGAUAGGACAUCCAUCAGUCCUAGCCUGGAGAGUGCAAUGUCAGGAAAAUGUCUCCAGAGGACAGUCACCCGAAACCUGAGAAUAAACAGGUUACUAGGCAAGCACAGGACCAAGGACGAGAGCAACAGGAAA